AAGUUAUUGAGUCGAUGAACGCGUUUUUACCCCUUGAUAUCCUUGCGGGCCGUCAAUUCCCAUUUUUAACAACUAUUCUCCUCUCCUCCCAUCGUCCAAUCCUCUCCCCAUCCUGCCUCCGUUGGUAGGAUCGCCAGAGAGCGGAUGGAAGGAGAGCAGAAGCAGACGCGGUCCUUCUCGUCGGAGGAGCUCCAAGCUCACAACAAGCCCACCGACCUGUGGAUCUCCAUCCAUGGGAAGAUCUACGACGCCACCGCUUGGGCCCCCGUCCACCCCGGCGGCGAUCUCCCCCUCCUCACCCUCGCUGGUCAGGAUAUCACCGACGCCUUCAUCGCCUACCACCCCGGCUCCACCUUGGCCCUCCUCGCCAACAACCCCUACCUCCGCUUCGUCGGCCACCUCUCUGAUUACCGCGUCUCCGACGUCUCCAAGGACUACCGUCGCCUCGUCGCCGAGUUCUCCCGCCUCGGCCUCUUCGACAAGAAGGGCCACGGCACCGCCAUCUCGCUCUCCGCGAUUGCGGUCGUGUUCGCUGCGGUGAUCUACUGCAUCCUCCGAUCCCAGAGCGUGUGGGCCCACCUCGGCUGCGCGGCCGUGAUGGGCUUCCUGUGGAUGCAAUCGGGGUUUCUAGGGCAUGAUUCGGGGCACUACGAGGUGACGGGGAGCAAGCGCACGAACAGGGCGAUCCAAGUGUUGUCCGGAAACUGCCUAACGGGGCUCAGCAUCGGGUGGUGGAACCGCAACCACAACGUCCACCACGUGGCCUGCAACAGCCUCGACAUCGACCCGGACUUGCAGCACAUACCGGUCUUCGCCGUCUCCGUCGAGAUCUUCCGCAGCCUCACCUCCUUCUACUACGAGCGGGAAAUGACUUUCGAUGCGGUGGCGCGGGCGCUCGUCAGCUACCAGCAUUGGACCUUCUACCCGGUCAUGUGCGUCGCCCGCAUCAACCUCUUCGCCCAAACUCUGCUGCUGCUCUUUUCCAAUAAGCGCGUGCCGGGGCGAUUCCUAGAGAUUCUGGGUGUGGCGGUGUUCUGGAUCUGGUUCCCUUUGCUGGUGUCGUGCCUUCCGAGCUGGUGGGAGCGCGGUCUGUUUGUGCUGGUGAGCUUCGCGGUGGCGGGGAUUCAGCACGUACAGUUCUGCCUCAACCACUGGUCCACCGACACCUAUCUCGGGCCACCGCAGGCCAACGACUGGUUCCAGACGCAGACAAUGGGAACGCUGGACAUCUCCUGCCCCCCAUGGAUGGACUGGUUCCACGGCGGCCUGCAGUUCCAGGUGGAGCACCACCUGUUCCCGAGGCUUCCUCGCGGGCAACUCCGGCGGAUGGUGCCAAUCGUUCGCGAGCUCUGCCUCAAGCACGGCCUGCCCUACAACAGCUUCUCCUUCUGGGAGGCCAACGUGCGCACCAUCGCCACGCUGAAGGCUGCGGCAAUGCUGGCCCGCGACAAGGCCCAACCGUUGCCCAAGAACAUGGUAUGGGAGGCUCUCAACACCCAUGGGUAAGAUCCAAUUCAUGUUUGUGGAUGGAAGUUGAACAUGUUUCUGAAUUCUUUGCAUUUAUUUCCUGCUAUUUUCAGCGUCUGAGGCUGUCAAUUUCAAUUUUGCAAUAUUUAAAUUCAAUAAAUUAAAACCAAAUAAAUUAGUUUCCUUGUUUAA